CAUGUUCUCCUUCAAAGCUGACUUAUUUAGCGGAUAAAAAACAGCAACAUGUUGAAAUCUAUAAGAAGCAGUAUUGAGUAUACCUUGAGGCAUCAUCAUUUUGCUUGAAGGAGAAGCUUAAGUAAUGAAGACGGGUGGAAUUAUAUCGGUGCUUGUGCUAGUAAUUGUUUUAGUAGCAGGGGUCAAUGGAGAAUUCGUGACAUGCACUAACCGCGGUAGCAAAUGCUUUCUCAAGCAAUUGAAAUGCCCGAGCCAGUGCCCUUCAACGUCGCCAAGUAAUCCAAGUGCUAAAGUUUGCUAUCUCAACUGUAAUUCACCUGUGUGCAGCCCUGAGUGCAAAAACAGGAAACCAAAUUGCAGUGGCCGCGGAGCAGCUUGUCUAGAUCCACGUUUCAUUGGGGCAGACGGGAUUGUCUUCUACUUUCAUGGCAGGAGCAAUGAACAUUUUAGUUUAGUUUCAGAUCACAAUCUCCACAUCAAUGCAAGAUUCAUCGGUCUAAGGCCCGAGGGCAGAACAAGGGACUUUACAUGGAUUCAAGCACUAGGAAUCAUGUUCGACAACCACAAAUUCUCCCUUGAGGCCACAAAAGCAGCAAAAUGGGACGAUGAAGUUGAUCACCUCAACUUCUCCUACAAUGGCAAUGAAUUAGCCAUCCCAGAAGGCUAUCCUUCCAUAUGGAAAUCAGCAAACAACGAAAUCAAAGUCGAGAGAAUUUCAAGCAAAAACAGCAUCAUGGUCACUCUUCCAGAAAUUGCUGAAAUUUCUGUCAAUGUAGUGCCUAUUACCAAACAGGACGACAAGAUCCACAACUAUAACAUACCAUCUGACAACUGUUUCGCGCAUUUGGAGGUGCAAUUCAGGUUUUUAGGACUGUCCUCAAACGUCGAAGGUGUUCUAGGCCGGACUUACCAGCCUGAUUUUCAGAAUCCAGCUAAACCAGGAGUUGCAAUGCCUGUUGUAGGAGGCGAAAACAAGUACAGGACUACAUCCAUUUUCGAUACAAAAUGCGAGUCCUGUGUGUUCUCCCCUGCUCAAGUUCCGCGAAAAGAGGACUCACUGGUCAUGGACUAUGGCACAAUGGACUGCACUAGCAGAUCAUCCGGUGGCAAUGGAAUUGUCUGCAGAAAAUGAGAAGUGCUCAGAUUUUCAAACUUUCGAUCAAAAAAAAAUUAGUUCGUGUUCUCGAAAUUAUUUUAUCUUCUACAUGUUAUUUGUUUCUAAUAUCA